GUCUCAGAUGACUCGAUUUUUCGGUUUCCAUCGAUUAGGUUAUAAGUGUUAAAAUUUACCGAAUAUAACAAUUAGCGAAUUAGUACAAUUAAAUUAUUUUUUUAAAUAGUCAAUUUUGCAAUUUCCGUUUUAUAUAAAUCUAACUUUAAGAUUCGUUUAUCUUAAAAUGGGUGAUAAUACUGAAAAUAAAGAAGGAGGAGAUAGCACAGGGGAAACUCAGGGCCAAGGGACAGUUUCUGCUUCCAAAAGCUCUAAGAAAAGGAAUCGUCGGAAAAAUAAACAGAAUAACAAUAGCGACAUGACUGUUCGUAUAGAUUCUGUGAAGCUAAAUGUCAAUGAAAUAGAGCUGCCUGGCAGUUGUAAUAUUUCUUUUCAGGAAAUUAAAAAAGCUAUGGAAGUUUUAUCUAUCCAACAGAAGGCUGCCAAAACUACUGAAGAAGCAAUGCAAAAACAAUAUCAGUUUUGGAGUACUCAACCUGUCCCUCGAAUGGAUGAGAAGAUCACAGUUUGUGGUCCAAUUGAACCAGAUAAAGCUGUUUCUGAGAUCAGACAGGAGCCUUAUUCGUUACCAGAAGGUUUUACAUGGGAUACUUUGAUCUUAGAUGAUCCUUUAGUUCUGAAAGAGCUCUAUACUCUAUUAACAGAAAAUUAUGUUGAGGAUGAUGAUGCUAUGUUUAGGUUUGAUUACCCCCCUCAAUUUCUGAAAUGGGCUUUGCAGCCACCAGGUUGGAAGAAAGAUUGGCAUUGUGGUGUUCGAGUAUCGAAAAGUGGCCGUCUUGUCGGAUUUAUAUCUGCAAUACCUGCAAAAUUAUCAAUAUAUGGCCAGAAGCAGUCGAUAGUUGAAAUUAAUUUCCUUUGUGUGCAUAAGAAGCUGCGGAGUAAACGUGUUGCUCCAGUUCUGAUAAGGGAAAUAACAAGGCGUGUGAAUCUCACAGGUAUCUUCCAAGCAGUCUACACAGCUGGUGUAGUGCUACCAAAGCCCGUGGGCACAUGCAGAUAUUGGCAUAGAUCGUUAAAUCCUAAAAAGCUGAUAGAAGUAAAAUUCUCACAUUUGAGUCGUAAUAUGACUAUGCAGAGGACAUUAAAACUGUAUAAACUGCCGGAACAAACAAAAACACCUGGUUUCAGAAAACUCGUUCCAGCAGACCUUCCAAAAGCCAAAAAACUUCUGUCAGAUUACCUGUCUAAAUUUGACCUUGCACCUGUCUUCUCCGAUGAAGAAGUAAGAUAUUGGUUUCUUCCACAACCUGGAAUUGUUGACGCUUUUGUUGUUGAAGUUGAUGGAGAAGUUACUGAUCUGGUCAGUUACUAUACCCUUCCCUCAACUGUGAUGCAUCAUCCUGUCUACAGAACCCUCAAAGCCGCUUACUCGUUCUACAACGUUUCUACUAAAACUCCUUGGGUUGACCUCAUGACAGAUGCUCUCAUAUCAGCAAAAAAUGCUGGUUUUGACGUAUUUAAUGCUCUUGAUUUAAUGGAGAAUAAGGAAUUUUUAGAACCUCUUAAAUUCGGAAUUGGAGAUGGAAAUCUUCAAUACUAUUUAUUCAAUUGGAGGUGCCCCCCUAUUCCUCCCAAUAAGAUUGGGCUGGUGUUGCAGUAGGAUUGGUUUGUAGCAUUGGUACAAUAACCACGACCUCUGCUCAUUUGAUAUCAUUAUCUCCCCAACUAGUCGAUUUUUGUAUUUCUGUGUCUUUUACCUAUUUCUCUUUGUAUGUUUCUCCUAUCGAUCCAAUUCCAUUUUAAAUUCUCGUUUGAAUUUAUGGGGCCUAAAGUGUCUAUCUUAAUAGGCUUACAGAAAAGAUAGGAUGAGGGUAGCCUUAAAUGUUACUAUUACUGGAGCAAUACCAUCAAAUAAUAAUACACCAAGUUAUAAACAGAAGGUACAAUUAACUGCUAAAUCAUAUUUUCUUUUGUUUUUUUUAUUCUGAAGAAUUAAUUAAACUGUUAUUUAAAAUAAUGUCAAUAUUAAAUUAUUGCUUUGAUUUUAUAAUCAAAUUGAUUGGUCAAGUAUAAUGUAUACUAUUUUACUUAUCACUGUUGUACAAAUAGACUUUUUUUUUUUUUUAAUUUGCUCAGUUUAUUUGAAAGCACUAUUUAGUUCUCGGUUGCUGAAGUAAUCUGAGUAAGAUGUUGGAGGUACAAGUUAUAAUGAAAAUCAGCCAUUGUUUUAUAUUUAUAUAAAGUUGUAUAGUGAAUUUAUACAUAAUUUAUCUUGCAUUGUUGGUUAAUAUUGAUGAUGCAUAAUAAAAUUUAAAGCACCAACCUAA